AUGAUGGAAUACGGAAGAACGCGCAAAGGGCCGCUGCCUGGAGGUCGCCAGGGCGCGUCUGGAGCUGGCGCUGGACGCGGCAGCAUGCGAACCGCCAGCCGAGCGCGAGGUGCUGCACGACCACCCAGCAGCCCCUCGCAUCCAUCAUCCCCACCAGCUGGCUUGGUGUCGGCAGGGUCUUCGCGGGCCCAGCAAUUGGCACCCGCCUCUGGUGGAGUACGCCGCAUGCGUUGGACAACCCAGAUGAACAGCAACGCAUUGCGGGCGUAUUUUGGGGCGAAAGGGGGAGAAACUGGAUGUUUGGCGUAUCGGGCUAGGAUGCAUCGUCUUUUUGCUGAGCUGGAGCCAUCUUUAACCGUCACAGAGCAAAACCUGGCAGACCGAGUUCGGUAUAUCUUGCGCUCAAAUAUAUUUGAUGUCGCCGAACUCGAACGGCUACGACGUGAGGCUGUUCCCUCGUCGGAUGAGAAUGCUACGGCUGAGGAUGCGGCGCCACAAAUGGUAGAGCAACCCGCAAACGUGGAUGCCGCUGUGAAUACCCCAGUUGUGGUUGAUUCAAACGAUGAUGGAACAGUCGCCCAGGAACUGGAAUUAGAGCAUAUGAGGAGUACAUUGGAAGAGGCGAUUGUGGAAACGCGCAGUACGCCUCUCGAAAAUCGACCGCGACUUCCCCGCAUAGCCCUAAGCAAGCGGAAUCGGGCUGUCGUGAGGGCUCUGAACCCAAUGCUGGUGACCUAUUUGGAAGCCAGCCGGGACCUUUGCGAGACGGACUCAAUUCUUUUUGGCGCCGCGCUGGCAGUCUGCCGUAUCGUAAGCGCCAAGGUUUCCACGGCUGGACGCGCUACUGGCCAUAGUAGCGCUAUCCCAGCAUGGAGAAGAAGAAUUGAGGAACGUAUCGCAAAGGCUAGAGCUCUCAUCGGCAGACUGAUAUGCUUCAGAUCAGGCAACAACAGGCCAAGAAUUGUGCGCACCGUCAGGAUGGCGUUUGCUGGGACAAAUGUCAGUUUGUCCCAGCCGGAUAUAACGCAAAAAAUGACGGAGCGCAUAAUGAUCUGA